AUGCACUUGAACUAUAUUUUUCAUAUUUUUCUGCUACUCAUCUCGGUUCAUGCCAAAAAUAUUUUGAUCUACAACUCGGUAUUCGGGUAUAGUCAUGUAAAAUUUCUAAGUCUGAUGGCUAAUAUUAUUGCGGACCAUGGACAUAAUGUGACACUAUUCAGACCAUAUCAUAUCAACCAUAAUACAGAAGGUCUCAUCAAAAAUAAAAAUAUCGAGAUAAUCGACUAUUUUCCUGAUCACUAUGAAGAGCUUCUUCAUGCGAAUUCGGAAACUUUUCCAAUGUUUUGGGAUGAUCCAUUUGUCAACCAUCCGGUUUUGGAAGCAUUCAUCGCUCCGAGACUGAUCAGUCAGGCGGUAGAGAAAACAGCUACUCGUGAGUACUUUCAAAAGUUGGAGGAAUAUUUUCGGAAGUUUAAAAGAAAAUUUUCAGAACUUUUGAAAGACGGAAAUAUUAUCCAAGAACUGAAGGCCAAAAAGUAUGAUGUCGUGAUUGCGGAAUUAUUUGAAAUCACUGGAGUUUAUAUCGCUCAUCUCAUCGACGUCCCUUGUAUCCCUAUCAUGCCUGCUGUGCGAUUCACAAAUACUAUGGACAUUUUUGGCCAACCAUCUCUUCUGGGAUACAUUCAGCAUAGUGGAUCCAAGAUGGCUCCAGAUGCUGGAUUCCUUGACAGAUUGAAUGAUGUUUAUCGAAAUUUUCUGUUCGAUCUGAACACUGAUUUAAACAGUUACCAUCAACAAAAAGUUUUUGAGAAGGCUGUUGGAAAAUCAUUGCCGAGUUGGAAGGAUUUGGUCAAACAAUCUCCAAUUUACAUGACGAACUCGAAUCCUUAUCUGGAUUUUGCUGUUCCAACAACUGCUACUAUAGUUCAUGUUGGAGGGAUUACUGUGGAUCUGAACAAACCGAAAACCGUGUUAUCAGACGACUACGAGAAAAUUUUGCAAGAAAGAGAAUCCACGGUUCUCAUCUCAUUUGGGUCUGUGAUCCGAUCUUUCCAGAUGCCGGAUAACUUUAAAGCAGGAAUCAUCAAAAUGUUCGAAUCCCUUCCAGAUGUCACAUUCAUCUGGAAGCAUGAAAAAGAUGACGCGGAGUUCCAGAAGAGGCUUCCAAAAAAUGUUCAUUUGAAAAAAUGGGUCCCUCAACCUGCUCUUCUAGCUGACAAACGAUUGAAGGCGUUCGUUACCCAUGGAGGAUUGGGAAGUACUACUGAAGUGGCGUAUUCUGGAAAACCUGCAUUAAUGGUUCCAAUAUUCGGAGAUCAACCGUACAACGCCGAUAUGUUGGCUAGACACGGAGGAGCAAUUGCAUUCAGUAAAUAUGAUCUUAAGAAUCCGGAAAAGUUGACCAGUGCAGUUAAAAGCUUGGUCUAUGACUUGAAGUACAAAAACAACGCGGAAAUUCUACUAGAUGUUCUCUCUAAUCAGCCUAUUGACCCAAAGCUUAAUCUUAUGAAGCAUUUGGAGUUUGCCAUGAAAUUUCCAAACCUUCGCUCUCAAGUCCCAGCAAUCAAUCAAGUGGGAAUUAUUUCUCAUUAUUAUUUGGAUGUUAUAGCUUUCUUGACGAUUCUUGUGGUGCUCAGCUUAUAUGUUUUCUAUGUCCUUCUUCGAAAGUUUUUCAGGAGAGUUGUGUCGGGAAAACUUAAAAACGAAUAA